AUGCCUGGUGUUACUUCAUUGUCUGAAGACAAACUAUUGAAGCGAUCGCGCUACGGGAUGAUACGAAAAGAUGGCAUUGCGAAUAUCAAAAAAUUUACACAAGCUCGUAUUCCUUUAUAUUUGCAAUUAACAUCCAUCAAAAGCAUUCGCGCUGAGACUUCCAACUCCGACACUUUCAUACGGAAUAACAAGUUGUCACUCAAUAACCUCCCGGUUGAGGUGUUAAUACGCAUAUUUGCUCUCCUCGUCGAGCCAGUUGAUGCUUUGCAAGUGUGGAGAAACUGUCCGGAUAAAAGCCAACUAUCAUGGGACGCAAACUAUAAUGACAUGUAUGCAUAUACAAUGGACCAAAUUUCAGAAGCGGAGAGAAGUAGAAAAGUGCUCCGAUUAACAUGUAAAAUGUGGAACACGAUCGUACUCGAAUCGGUAGUCGAAUGGAAUAUUGACAUAGGGCGUAUUAUGACGUUUAUACCACACAAGUUUGCCAAAUACCCUUUCGGCCUUCAACGACUUGCAAUUACAAAUAGCAAAGACAAUCAACUACACUCGUCGGACAUCUCAAAGUGGCUUCAGGGUAACUUGUCGAAUCUUGAAUCAUUCACAGUUCAAGGAUGCAGGAAUUUUAAUGGAGCGGGAACGUUAGACGACGAUGCCAUUAAAUAUUACUCAAUUUCAGUAUUGACAAAGCUUUUAUUCUCCUCUACUCGCAGAUUGAUGAAUUUACCCUAUAGCCUACGUGAACUACGUAUAAUUGAUUGCCCUAAAAUAUCAUCCCGCAAGUUGGUACAAGCGCUGCAACAUCUCAGCAAUAUCAACUACCUGGCGAUCGAUUUCUCACUAUUGUUUUCUGAUGGAUCUCUGUCGAAAUCAAUUCAGUCAUUCCUUCCUCGUCUCAAAACCAUUCAACUCAUUAUCGACAGUUCAUCUCUGUCAAACACCAAUCUUACCCGUGACUCACUUCCCAAUCACAUUUCGGAACUUAUAUUUACUCAAAAUCAUCCACGACAUCGGCACUACGUUCUCGACAGCCAAGAUUUUCUUCACAAAGAUGCAGAAUAUGAACUUUGGGAUAAAUCAUUACUUCUUAAUAAUUCAGACAUUUAUCCGUACAAUCUGCAUCAACUUGACGUAUCUAAGUGUACACUUCCAUAUGGAGUAUUUGCUCUCCCACGUGUUCUUACCCAUCUAAGUGUCGGAUAUCCUUCCCUUCCUGUCGAUUGGAUGCACGCAAAGCUACCUUCUACACUUGAAUAUCUAAAGAUUUUAGGCUAUGUAUAUCACGUACAAUACGAAGAAAAAGAUGAUGAUUCUUACGUUGCAUAUGGAAACAAAUGGAUACAAAUGCUACCCGACAAUGCACCUCAAUUGAAGACACUGAUAUUGAGAAUAUACACAUCAAUUUCAGCUGAUUUAUAUCAGACAAUUGGGGAGAGAUAUGCUAGUAGCCUUCAAUAUUUUGAUCUGUGCAUACUAAAGCCAAGAUAUGGAUCACAAGCAUGGAUGGUUGAAGACAAUGAUGAAGUAGCAAGGAGGAUUAAAAUGUUGAUGUCUUUGAAGAGUUUGCAGGAAUUUAGAAUGCACAGCUUAAUCAGUGAUGGAGAGUUAGAAAGUAUGCCAGAAUCGUUAAGAAGGCUAAAGAUGUAUAAGGAUUUUAAGAACGACGUGAGUGAAAAAGCAUUGGAGAUGUUAAUAGCAAAGGGUGUAUCGAUAGACGAAGUGGACGAGUUGUUUGGGUGUGCAGAAGCAGGAUCGAUUUGUUGCUGUGAAAAUGUCAUGACAAGAAUGAUAUGA